UCAGCCGGGUUCUCCGUGCUUCAAGUCCCGUGUGGUGUCGUGGGUCAUUCAUGCCAGAGCGCUCCCACCCAGGCACAAGGGGUGCCGUUUGGAGACGCAGAGGAGCGAGCGCGAAUUCCGCUUAAGGAAUUGUGACAAAAUUGCCUCAAAGAGAGAAAGGGGCAAAAGCGGGCUUUGGGGUCCCCUGGGCUCUGAAGUUCUUGUUACCAGAGACUGGUGUAGGAGGUGAUGGAGCUUGGUGGCCUCUAACAUAGCUUGUAUCACCUACCGUCAGAGCGACUUUGGGGAAGCAUCCUUCACCGCUGUCAGCCUCACUUCCCGUGUCAGGAAGAUGAUAAUAGGAAAACCUACCGACUGGGUUUUCUUACUGAAAACGAGGGUUCAGUGAGCUAAUCCAAGUGUAUGGGCCCGACUCAAUACAUUUUCAGAUGUGACCCCUUGGUGGAAUCACGCCAUUGUGUGAGGAGGCUGCCUCUGGGAGGCCGGCUUCCUGCAAGCCCCCUACCCUUUCCUGUUUCCCUCUGUUGCUGCGUAUGAGAGGGGGAUUGGAAGGGGAGAGGGCUGGUGCCUGAGCAGAGGUUGAGUGCCAGUCACUUUGGCAAAGCUGUCUGUCCUACCCUGGGCAGCACCGGCUCUUGGAUCGCAGAGCAAUUGAGCACCACCAGCUUGGAUGUGAUCUUGACAGAGCUGUCUGGCCUUCAGCCCUUCAUCCUUGGCUAAGGAAAUGACCAACCAGUACAGUAUCCUCUUCAAACAAGAGCAAGCCCAUGACGAUGCCAUCUGGUCAGUGGCCUGGGGGACAAACAAGAAAGAAAACUCGGAGACGGUGGUCACGGGGUCCCUGGACGACCUGGUGAAGGUCUGGAAAUGGUGUGAUGAGAGGCUGGACCUGCAGUGGAGCCUGGAGGGACACCAGCUGGGUGUGGUGUCUGUGGACAUCAGCCACACGCUGCCCAUCGCUGCGUCCAGCUCCCUCGACGCUCACAUCCGCCUCUGGGACUUGGAAAAUGGCAAGCAGAUCAAGUCUAUAGAUGCAGGACCUGUGGAUGCCUGGACGUUGGCCUUUUCUCCCGAUUCCCAGUACCUGGCCACCGGGACUCACGUGGGGAAAGUGAACAUUUUCGGUGUGGAAAGUGGGAAGAAGGAAUACUCUUUGGACACGAGAGGGAAAUUCAUUCUCAGCAUCGCAUACAGUCCCGAUGGGAAGUAUCUGGCCAGCGGAGCCAUAGACGGGAUCAUCAAUAUUUUCGACAUCGCGACCGGGAAACUGCUGCACACGCUGGAAGGCCAUGCCAUGCCCAUCCGCUCCUUGACCUUCUCCCCGGACUCCCAGCUGCUCGUCACUGCCUCAGACGACGGCUACAUCAAGAUCUACGACGUACAACACGCCAACUUAGCCGGCACGCUGAGUGGACACGCGUCCUGGGUGCUGAACGUGGCGUUUUGUCCUGACGACACUCACUUUGUUUCCAGUUCAUCGGACAAAAGCGUGAAGGUCUGGGAUGUGGGGACGAGAACGUGUGUUCACACCUUCUUCGACCACCAGGAUCAGGUCUGGGGAGUAAAAUACAAUGGAAAUGGCUCAAAAAUUGUGUCUGUCGGAGACGAUCAGGAAAUUCACAUCUACGAUUGCCCGAUUUAAACGUCAAGGUUUUCCACGCUGAUGCUGCAGAGAGAAUGUACAGAUCGAACAUAACAUUCCUUAUCUUUGUAGCUUGUUUCAAAGAAAUACAGCAUUUAUUAUAGCAGAAACAUAAAUUUUGUAGAUACAAUAUAAA